AUGUCGAGAUCCACAACCAGUACCGCGGUCAAAGGGUCCCUAGUUCUCUUCCUCUUCACCAUUCUGGUUUCCGUGGAACAGACAAAUGCCUUUAAUGGAUUUGAGAUCUUUCCGCGAAGUGAUGCAUGUCCCACUUCAUACGACUCAUGUGGAGGCAACGUUCCCUCAGACUUCUGCUGUCCAUCAACCUCAACCUGUCUCGUUCUCGACAACGACACUACAGCCCUCUGCUGUCCAUCCGGAAGCAGCUGUGACUACAUUUCACCUAUAACCUGCGAUAUCCAAGAGCAGAAUGCCACUGCCUACCCCAAAGCCUCAGUCAAAACGACCCUCCUUGGUGACAGCCUCCCAACAUGCGGCGACGAAUGCUGCCCAUUUGGAUAUACCUGUGAAAACGAUAAUCUCUGCCACAUGACGAACACAACAACGACAAGCACAACCACGGCAUCAAGCACUGCAACCUCAACAACUUCAACCUCCACAUCCGCGUCCGCAUCCGCAUCCGCAUCCGCAUCCACUACCACAGACCUCUCUGCCUCCGGUGCAACCUUCACAGCCGUAUCUUCAGGCUCAUCCGUCUCCGCCGCAUCUCUCAACGCAGACUCCACCUCAUCCUCCAACUCAACAACCGCCACAGCCUGCCCAGCUUUCCCCAGCAAGGCAGUCGUAGCAGGCUUUUUCCCCGGCGUGCUCUUCGGCGCAAUUGCCGCGCUCCUAAUAUCAACCUGCAUCCGACACCGCGCCGAAAAGAAACACUUAGCAGAAAUAGACCAGGACACCAAAGCUUCAGCGCACAACUGGUCCAGCCGCUCCUCAUCUGGCGCCGUGCUCGGGAUCUCAAGCCCCAUAGCCUCAGAAGACGCAUCCUACCGCACAGACUUCCUGCUCCGAAACCCAGAUAGCAAGCGUUCCUCGAUGAGCUCCCGAUCCAUGCGCUCCAUGAUGAACCGUUCUAGCUCUCGGGUCCGAAGUCUAUUUUCGACGGGUAUGCCUGGAAUAGACAAAGAUGUGCCCCCGCUGCCAACGACGGCGACGGAGCUCCCUGUGCAGGAAGCCCCUGUGACCCCGCCCAGGCAGCGUGAGCCCAGUACCGAAAGUAUCAAGGUGUAUUCGCCGCCAGCGGUCUUCAUGCAGUCAAGAAGGUUUCUAGGGCCGGAGCCUUAUCCUAGCCGGAUUGCGAGGCCGUCAACUACGUUUACGGAUUUGGUGCAGGCUGUUGGGUUUAAUCCCGAGACAAAGGGGGAUCAGUCUUUCAAAGUGCAUGAGGUGCGCAAGAUUACUUGA